AUGUCAGAACAAACACCCGUCGCACAGCCCCCCGUGGCCGAACUCGAAAAGAAAGAAGUAGUUGCUGUCGCUGAGCCUGAGACUUCUACAGUUGUGGUGACUGAGAACGGCAAAUAUGUCGAGCCCACAGAGGAGGCCAAAGUCGAUGCGCCAGUGACCGAGGAGGCUACCAAGGAGGAUGCGCUAAUCAAGGCUGAUGAGCCUGCUCAAGAUGCGCCCGCUGUCGCUACCGCUGCCGCUGCCGCUGCAGCUCCUGAAGCUGAGAUUGAAGCUGCCAAGACUGAAGAGCAGAAGCCAGAAUAUUUGACCAAGAUCCCAUCCUUGAGCCAGUUCUUCGAUCACCUUCCUAAAAUUCUCGCUAGCACCGGCCACAGUGAAAUGUGGGGCGUGCCCCUCAAGGACAGCGAGGAUAUUCCCACUGCCAACGUAUUGAUCAAAUUCCUGCGCGCUAAUGAAGGCAACCUUCAGGCAGCCCAAGACCAGCUUCACAAGGCGCUCGUGUGGCGCAAGCAGACAAAACCCUUGGAAUUGGUCGAGUCAGGUCGCUUCAGCGCAACCAAGUAUGGAGGUCUUGGAUACUUGACCACAUACGAGCAGGAUGGACGCCCACUCGUGUUCACCUGGAAUGUCUAUGGAGCUGUGAAGGACAUAAGCUCGACAUUCGCGGAUUCUGACGAGUUCGUGAAAUGGCGUGCUGCCCUCAUGGAACUGGCAGUGCAAGACCUUGGAAUGAAGGAUGCUACCACCGUGAUCGACUACGACGGCGAGAAAGACCCUUACCAGAUGAUCCAGGUGCACGACUACAUGAACGUCAAGUUCCUCCGUAUGGACUCUAAAGUGCGCGCUGCUUCCAAGCAGACCAUCGAAGUCUUCUCUACUGCCUACCCAGAGUUGCUUAGCCAGAAGUACUUUGUCAACGUCCCUACUAUCAUGGGCUGGAUGUACACUGCUAUGAAGCUUGUCCUGAGCAAGAACACCACUCGCAAGUUCCACCCCAUCACCAACGGUGCCAACCUGGCCCGUGAGUUCCCCGCUGCUCUCGCGGACAGUAUUCCUAAGAACUAUGGCGGAAAGGGCCCUGAGCUGAAGGAUGGGGCUCGAACUGUUCAACUUGAAGAAUUUGAAGAGGAGACAGUCAACGAGGAGACAGUCAAGGAAGAGACAGCUAAAGAAGAGACAGCUAAGGAAGAGACAACUAAGGAAGAGACAGCCAAAGAAGAGACAGCCAAAGAAGAGACAGCUGAGGAAAAGCCUGCCAAGGAGGAGCCUGCUUCAGAGGAGCAACCCAAAGAGGAGGCCGUCAAGGAAGAGGCCGCUAAGGAAGAUCAUAAGGAGGAGGCUCAACCAGAGCCUACCAAGGGAGAGACCCAGGAAGAGCUGAAGGAGGAGUUGAAGGAGGAUUCCAAGUAA